AUGAUGUGCAAUUUCAUGUACAACUAGUCAGUUGUGAGGAGGCAUGGCCUAUGACGUAAGGUGCAGUGCUGUACGUAGACGAGCACAUGUGCAGGCUAAACGACCCCUCCUAAAGAAACUCUCCUCUCAACGACGCAACAGCAUCUGUCUGUCCCUACUCUCAGACACGCCACCGAACCAGCGAAAAUCGCCCGUGCCAUUCGUGAAAUCCCCACAACUCAAUCCCUCACUCGAGGAUCACGAUUUACGAAUGGCCAUAGGCCGGCAAUAGGGGAAAUAAACUGAAAGAUCGCAGCCAUGAAGCACUUGAUCAUGGUCGGGGCUUGUUACCUCGACACCAUCCUCACUGUCCCUCAUUUCCCCGAAGAGGAUGCCAAACUGCGAGCCACAAGCCUCAAGAAACGGCGUGGUGGGAACUGCGGCAACUCGCUCGAGGUUCUGCAACAGCUUGUCCCGCCCGACCUAGUAGCGCUUCAUCUCGUCACCGUGCUGCCCAGCCGUCGAUCCGCAGCUACGGAAACAGUGCUGUCCUCGUUCGGGGCCGGAAGGUCUGCUGCUGCUGUCGACUUUAGCCAGUGCAUUCAUCGCGAGGACCAGACCGAGGCAGCCAGUAGCUUCAUCGUCCGCAGCCAGGCAACGGGUAGUCGGACGAUUGUGAAUCACAAUGAGCUGGCUGAGAUGACAGUCGACGAGUUUGUCCGUGUUGCAAAAGCUUUCGAGGACAAUGCUGCCGAUACGUGGUGGCAUUUCGAGGGUCGCAUCCCAGAGACAACGGACAAGUGCAUCCAGCACUUGCGCCACCACCUCCCGCAAUCUCGCGUCAGCGUCGAGGUCGAGAGGCCCGGUAGAGAAGGGUUACGGAAAUUGGCGAUGGAGGCGGACGUCGUGUUCUAUUCACGGACGUGGGCUGAGGGCGAAGGCUAUGCGACCGCUGGGGAUUGUCUGAUGGGCGAGGUUGCACCGAAGGCAUCCCUUCUCUUGAGCACUUGGGGCGCCCGCGGAGCCUGCGCCAUCACACCACCAAGCCGCGAGGUCUUGCAUGUCGAGCCAGUAUCCGAUCUAGCCGUACAAAUUGUCGACGCCGUUGGAGCGGGUGAUACCUUCAUAGCGGGGGUAAUGUAUGGCCUGUUGUGUCGGUCGGGGGACUGGGAUGUCGAGAAUACGGUGAGGUUUGCUGUAGACCUUGCCACGACCAAGAUCCAACAGGACGGCUUUGAAGGACUGGGUUCCAAGAGACCGCCUGCAGCAGUUUGA